AUGCCAACACGCGACCAAAUAUCCUAUUUUGGUGCUGGACCAGCACCACUACCAACACCAGUCAUCGAGGAAUCAGCCAAGGCUCUCGUGAACUUCGAAGAUACAGGUCUCGGUCUCAGUGAAAUCUCGCAUCGUUCUCCAACCGCCAACAAAAUACUAGCAGACGCCAAAUCGGCGCUUUCCAUACUCUACGACUUCCCACUUGAAGGAGAAAAUGCUUACGAUGUUCUAUUCAUGCAAGGAGGUGGCACAGGCGAGUUCUCGGCUAGUGUACAGGCUUGUGUAGGAUGGUGGGUUGAGAGAAGACGGAGGCGAGCUGUUGCUGAUUUAGGUGAGGGCAAGGAAGAUGAGGUAAUAGAGAGGGUGAGGAAAGAGAUCAAGGAGGAGCUGAAAGUGGAUUACCUCGUCACGGGCAGUUGGAGCCUGAAAGCGAGCCAGGAGGCAGCACGACUGAUUGGAAGCAAAUACAUCAACGUCGCCACAGAUGCACGAAAAGCAAACAACGGAAAGUUUGGCAAGAUUCCGCAAGAGAAGGAAUGGCAACUUACUGACAGCAAGAAGAGUGCAAUGGUGUACUGGUGUGAUAAUGAGACAGUGGAUGGAGUUGAGAUGCCAUCUUUCCCUGAGAGUUUGAAGGGUCGAGGCGAGGACGACGGCGUUGUGGUAGCAGAUAUGAGCUCGAAUUUUGUCAGUCGCAAGCUCAACGUGAAAGACUAUGGAAUCAUCUUUGGUGGUGCACAGAAGAACUUGGGCAUUGCCGGAAUCACUGUCAUCAUCGUGAGGAGGUCCUUGCUCGCAUUGACGCCGAAAGCAGACUUUCUACAGCGGCUGUCGGACGUGUUGCCAUCAGCGAUUCCACCUGUGGUGUUUGAAUUUGCAACGAUAGCAAAGAACAACUCGUUGUACAACACACUACCAAUCUUCAACCUCUAUAUUGCAACACUUGUCCUUCAGUCCCUGGUCAAGACGUUCGAAGAGAAGAAGGUAUCCGGACAAGAAGAGCUCGCCAACCGCAAAGCCGAACUCAUUUACGAUACCCUGGACAAGUACGCGGACGCCUACCAUGUGGUGCCCGACAAAAGUGCGAGAUCGCGUAUGAACAUAUGCUUUAGAAUUAAAUCUCGAGGUGAGGGUGACCCUGGCACAUGGGAUGAGGCAAGAGAGAAAGCCUUCCUGGCAAGCGCAGAAAAGAAAAACUUGAUGGGAUUGAAAGGACAUCGCAGCGUGGGCGGCAUCAGGGCGAGCAAUUACAAUGCUGUCACCAUGCCGAGUGUGCAAAAGUUAGUAGCACAUCUUGUUGAGUUUGCAGCGACAGGGUGA